GGAAGCCUUGGAAGGGAAAGAGGUCAAGUACUUUGAUAUGUACCCAGAAAGGUCAUACAAGGAGGGAUCUGCAGCCCAGACCCACUUCCGUCUGGCAGAGUCUCAGUUUUAUAGGCUGCUAAAUACCGGAAUGACUAAAACCAAUUUAGUGAAAGUGGAAUACGUCCUUAAUCCAGAUCUGGUGCAUCAUUUCAGGGGACAACGGCCAUGCGCAUCGUACAGACACUGGCUGGUAUGGCAAGGGAGUCUACUUCAGUGAAUACCCCGCCUACUCCAUGGGUUAUAUCCAGGGCGCGACCCAACUGCUGCUCUGUCAAGUUCUACCAGGCAAAGCCUAUCAGUGUACAAAGCUUAUUCACGGGCAUUCCCUGAUGAAAAGUUACGAUUCCCACGUGUCUCCCUGCAAGAAAGAGCUUGUCAUCUUCAACAAGUAUCACAUUCUGCCACAGUACAUCGUCCACUAUCAGCCGAAUGCCGGAGAAUUCAAAUACACUUCUCCACCAAAACCCAAAUCGGCUGCUUGUAACACAGCAGAAGGCAAAAAAGGCAAAGGGAAGAAGAAGGGAGGAAAGCUUACAAUAGACGAAUUAACAGACACUGAGAUGUUGAAAACCAAGCACGACCAGGCUAUAGCCAUGCCUACAUCAAGCACAUUGGAUGGAUACAGUAUUCAGUUCACUGGGACUUUCCAGAACACCCAGGCCGGUAUGACUGCCCUGGUCAAAUCACAUGGCGCAACAAUAGGAACAAAAGCUGUUUUCAGUCUACUGAUAGCUUCGAAGCUUGAGUUUGAUCUAUCAACAAACAAAAUCCUGCAGGCUAAGAAGAAAGGGGUUUCAAUAGUAGGUGAAAUGUAUUUGUACGACUGCAUCAUCAACCAUAAGAAACAGAAUGAGGAUCAUUACAGAUUAGAUGACUAGUCACAUACAAUAUUAAUGAUCACUAUGGCAUUGCUGAUUUGGUGGCCGUCAUGCCUUGCAACUUGGAAGUCCUGAUUUUGAUACCCUGGCCAGUGGCCACUUAGCCUUGUGACUGUGAGUUCACAAUUUCCAUCCUGUCAUCGACUCACUGGAGUUCUAGUUAACUAUUUGCUCACAAAAAAUGGGACAAAUUUUUUUAGCUGCUACAUCCAAUGGCGCAAGUGGGAGUACCUAUAGGAAACCCCACCUGACCGUAUGGUGACCACCAAAGCAAACUCAUAUGCUUCCUGAAUGUAGGUGCCGAGAUGAGGAGCACGUGUACCAACAAUUGCACUAACCAGACAGCAUAAAAAAAGACUCGAGAUUGUCUCGAUUAGCCAUCUGCUUUUGAUGAAAUUGAACAAAUAAAAUUAAAUUGGUUUGAACAGUUAUAGAAUAUUGUGUUUUACAUUUUGUCAGUUUAAGUCAAGUUUAAAUUGUUUAAAGUGAAGCGGUUGUAUCUGUUGAACAUUUUUAGAUUAGUAGAUAAAGUACCAUAAUGACUCAAGAUUUUCUGACAAUUAAACAAUUGUGUGAAUAAAUUUAGAUUCUUAAAAAUAUUCCCAGAAGUCCGUGUCAACCAAUGAUCUCUUUUUGUCUGUUGUUUAUGAGUAGAUUGUCAAAAUGGAUGUUAAAUUUU